GUCUGCAGAAGGGGGACUGUUAGACGGAGGCGAGCAGACUGCUGAGAGGAGCGAGCGGGCAGUCGAGAUGGUGCUUGGGAAGGACAGGUUGUCGGUGCUCGGGGAGGAGCACGGGGCCAGGCGGCUCGUCCGUCGCAUCGACUUCUGGCUCUACUACCUUGCGUACUUCUGCGGAGCGACGGUCGGGUUGGUGUACAGCAACAAUCUAGGCCAGAUCGCCCAGUCAUUGGGACGUCAGAAGCAGACUACAUUGCUGGUUACCGUCUACUCGUCCUGCUCGUUCUUCGGACGGCUCGCAUCUGCUGCUCCUGACUUUUUGCGAGGAAAGGUGAACUUCGCGAGGACAGGAUGGCUGGUGAUCGCUCUGAUACCAACGCCGCUAGCGUUCUUCCUCCUAGCCGCAGGCAGAUUGACGGAGGCCACGGCGUUACUAGCCGGCACGGCCCUCGUAGGCAUGAGCUCGGGGUUCAAUUUUCGCCGCGGCGGUUUCGCGUUAACCGCGAGCUGUUUGGUCCUGGGCAGCGUCGCUGUACACACCGUCAACCACAACAUUCUUCAUCACCACAUUACAUCGGCUCGGCUUCUUUAUGGUCUCCUCGCUGCGCUUGUUUAUGACGCUAAUGGAAAGUACGGGCUCAUGGAUGUGGUAGUUAACGAUGGGAUGGUGGUUUGUAUGGGGAGAAAAUGCUAUGCGAAGACGUUCUUGUGGUGGGGGUUUCUGAGCUCGUUUGGGCUCGCUUGCAGCGUCGCGCUGUACCUGAGGACCAGAACAGCAUAUGAGAGGGCGGAGAGGAGUAGGGUUAUAAAUGAGAUACAUGGGCAGAAUUAUCGAUAAAUAUCGACAAAAAAGAUCGAUUAGGGUUAUAAAUGAGAUACAUGGGCAGAAUUAUCGAUAAAUAUCGACAAAAAAGACCGAUAAGGGCAAAGAACCACAGCGGAUUGGCGCCAUACCGAUCGAAUAUGUGCUGGUUGACGAUUUUUUGUUGUAUUGGUAGGGAGGCAAAAGAGCUGACCUGCUAAUGAUCACGUGUUGUCGCGCAAGGUUUUAUUUAUUUAUUUUAAAAUACCAGAUGUUAUGUAUAUGACAGUGUACAGCUCUUGGCGUUGUGAAGGUGAUGUGCACAGUUGAGAAAGUGAAGUAAUGUUCGUAA